AACGGCGGAUCCGUACCUGCCCUCCGACGACGGCGAUCGCGGGGAGCGAAUCCCACAACGAAGGGAGCGCGCUAUCCUCGCCCUGAUCCCCGAGGGCGGUGCACGCCCUCUGGAUCUUGUUCACCAGGGAGAUCAAAUUAUCCAUCGUACCCAUCUCCUCCUCCUCCUCCUCCUCCUCCUCCUCCUCCAAAUAUCGCCCCCACGGACGCCGCCUCCGCCCCGCUUCCCCCUCCUCCUCCGCCUCCUCCUCCUUUUCCUUUCCCCGCAGCGUUCACCACCUCCUUCCGCAUCCUCUGCCCCGACUCCAAGGCCGCCGCCGUCGUCGGCCGCGCCGGCGCCGCCCUCCAGGCUGUCCGGCGCGACACAGCCGCCUGGGUCGCCGUCCACCAGCUCGCCCCCGGCGAUGACGAGCGCGUCGUCGAGACCGCCGACGACCGCCGCCGCGAGCCCGACGGCCGCCCCCCGGUCGUCUCCCCCGCGCAGGACGCCCUCCUGCUGAUCCACGAGCGGAUCGUCGACGCCGAGCUCGACGGGGAGCCGGACGACGAUAGCUACGGCGGCGGCGGCGGCGGGAGGGAGCGGGAGCGGGAGAGGGGGCGGGUCACGACGCGGCUCGUGGUGCCGCGGAUGCACGUCGGGUGCCUGCUGGGGAGGGGCGGCAAGAUCAUAGAGCAGAUGAGGAUGGAGACGAGGACGCACAUCAGGAUCCUCCCCCGGGAUCAGUACACGCCGCGCUGUGUGUCGACCGCCGAGGAGGUUGUUCAGAUUGUUGGCGACGGUAGCUGUGUGAAGAAAGCUGUAGCAAUCAUUUCGGACCGCCUGAAAGAGAGCAUGCAUCGCGACCGUGGUCCCUUUCGUGGACGUAUGCAUUCGCCGGAUGGCUACUUCCCCCCUGAAGAGGAGUUGCUGAACAACGGGAUACGCCUGUCUGCCGCUGAAGAGGCUGAGCUGGGCUCGCGGUAUUCUGCGGGACCGGAUAGAGUUAGGAACAACUUUUAUGAUGCAGAGCCGUCAGGAUAUGCUUUUAAUUCAGAUGGUAAUCCACCGAACAACCAUUCAGAAACAUUUCCCUAUGAGGACCUCGUAUUCCGAAUUCUGUGCCCCAGUAACAAAGCAGACAGCUUUGUGGGAUCAUCAAAUGGAAUUAUGGACAUGCUUCGAGAUGAUGUCGGCGUCGAUGUAAUGGUUAGUGAUCCUGUUGCUGGCUCGGAUGAAAGGGUCAUCAUUAUCACUUCUAAAGAGGGUCCGGAUGAUGAGCUUUUCCCAGCUCAGGAAGCAUUAUUGCAUAUCCAAACUCACAUUGUAGACCUAGGUCCGGACAAGGAUAACAUCAUAACAACAAGGCUUCUUGUCCCCGCGAGUGAAAUUGACUGUUUGGAGGGAAGGGAUGGGUCAUUAUUAGAUAUACAGAGGUCGACUAGUGCCAAUAUACAGAUCUUACCAAAAGAGGACCUUCCUCUUUGCGCAUUGGAAGCUGAUGAGCUUGUACAGAUUGUUGGUGAGAUUAGAGCAGCCCGAAAUGCUCUAGUCCAAGUAACUGCAAAGCUGCGCAGUUAUUUAUACCGUGACAUCUGUAUACCAAAUGAUAUGCUGCAAGCAUCGAUUUCUGGCCUAAAUCAAAUUGGCAGCCUCGCUGGACGUGAAUCUAAUUCUCCUCCAAAAUGUUCACCUCGUGGUGAGAGCAAAGGGGCAGCUCUCUACCAUCAUAAGCAAACUGCUGCAACUUCGUAUCAUUCAAAGGAUACCAGAGCCAGUGCAAGUGGGUCAUUUGAACAAGAAGGCAGCAAUGGUGAUGACGAAGGGAGACAAAGUAGUCUGAAAAGAUUUCCUGUUCCUUUAGUCACCAGAAGCACGCUGGAGGUUGUCAUACCGAAGAGUGCUGUUCCAAACCUCAUGAUGAGAUCUAGAAGCAAGCUUGCACAGAUUAGUGAGAUUUCAGGAGCAACCGUUACGCUUAUUGACGAUAGACCUGAUUUGACCGAAAAAAUUGUUCAAAUAUCUGGAAGUCCAGAACAGGCUGAUCGAGCCCAGAGCCUGCUCCAGGGAUUUAUACUCAGCACCCAAGAUGACAUUCCUGCCGGCUAAUUUUACACAUCGCCGUGUCAAGUUAUUCUUCCAGCGCCCUGAAGAACCCUUUUUGCUCUUCUCAUGUAACAAGUCGCACUCUGCCAUUUUCAAGGUGGUAUUGUGACCUGCCAAUUUUAGAAGGUAGUUAUUCUUCCUUUUCUCAUAUUGAGAAUGUGGUCAUAUGUUUAAACAUCCAUAUUCCGGGACUUGCGGCUUGUUUAAAUCUCAAUAUCAUAUUCUAACCUGGUAGUUGAUAUCAUGUAGCAUGUUUAUAUGCGCUCUCUUGAUACAUUAUAAAGCUAAGUUGCAUGUCGGGUCUCA